AUGGGUCUUGCUCGUCAGUUCCUGGUGCUGUUCGUUGCUUGCUGUAGUUUGUGGUGUUACACACUUUACUGCGAUCUUACCAAACCGUUACCGGUGCCUCAACUGAAUCUCGACGAAUACUGGGGACCAGGGGAAGCCGCCAAGUACCGAGAAGACACGCAGAUUCGCCCUUUCGAUGUGUCUUACAACGCUAGUGUUUUGCUCACUUUGCGUCGGAAACUGAAUGACCUUCCCAAACUAACACCACCUCUCGAGGAUGCUGGCCCCUUUGAGUAUGGCUUCAACAGUGAUCGAUUGAAAGAAAUUUUGCACUACUGGCGGACCAACUACUUGGAGCGGUGGCGCGAUCGUGAGCGGUAUCUCAAUCAAUUUCCACAUUUUAAAACACAAAUUCAAGGACUGGAUGUGCAUUUCAUACACGUUCGCCCUACCGAAGUUCAUCCGUCGACGAAAGUUCUUCCCUUACUGCUUCUUCACGGUUGGCCGGGCUCGGUGCGAGAGUUUUAUGAACUCAUCCCUCGGCUAACGAAACCCUUGGCGGAUGAAAGAAAUUUUGUGUUCGAAGUCAUAGCCCCGAGCCUUCCCGGGUAUGGUUGGUCACAGGGUAGCGCCAAGAAAGGACUUGGUGCAAAAAACAUUGCAGUAAUUAUGAAGAACCUCAUGGCACGCGUUGGACACAAACGUUUCUACGUUCACGGCGGAGACUGGGGAGCACUUGUUACGGACCUGAUGGGAACGUUCUUUCAAGAGGAUAUUAUUGGAAUGCAUCAGAGCGGAUGCGGUGUGGCAGGGACGCUGGCAACUGUGAAGACAAUAAUCGCAAGCUUUGCACCAUCUUACUUCAUAGAGGAGCAAUACAUUCCUUUCUACUAUCCCUUCGAGACGUACUUCCACGAGAUGGUUCUAGAGUCAGGGUACAUGCACCUGCAGGCUACGAAACCUGACACCAUCGGUACUGUUCUGGUCGGUAAUCCCGUUGGAUUGGCGGCCUACAUACUAGAGAAAUUCUCGACGUGGACCAAUAAGGAAUUUCGAACUCUGACCGACGGUGGCCUCGAGAAGUUCUUCACGCUGGACGCAUUGCUGGAUAACGUCAUGAUUUACUAUCUGACCGAUUCGAUAACGACGUCGCAGCGUUUGUACGCGGAAGUGUUUUCUGUAGAUGACCUUUUCUCAGGAGAGCUUGGACGGAUGACGACCGUAGUGCCGUCCGCCUGCGCUAAAUUCAGACACGAUCUUUUGCACACAAUCGAUUGGGCACUGAGAGACCACUAUCGGAAUUUGAUUCAAAGUAAUCACUACGAGGAUGGAGGACACUUUUCAUCCAUGCAGUUACCAGAAGUUAUGUACAAAGAUUUGGUACAAUUUGUUGAGAAAGUUGAAAUCCUUCGACGUGCAUAAAGCGUUGAUAUCUAACAAAAAAUAAGAAAGAUUUUAAACCGUUUUCCUUCAAAGUAUUGAUACCUUUUAAAGUUUAAAACACUGCUUCGAGGGCUCACAAAUACAGUUGAGGGUUGCAGCAUUUUUUCGCG